AGACAGACCCUGCCCAGAACUCCAAGUGGCUUCCUGCUGCUUGCCUCUAAACCCCUCCACAUUCCUGCAGCCCUUCAGACUGCCAGAACUGUUCUGCUGCCUGCCUGCCUGCCUGCCUGCCUGCGCCGAGGGUUCCCAGCACCAUGAGGGCCUGGAUCUUCUUUCUCCUUUGCCUGGCCGGGAGGGCCUUGGCAGCCCCUCAGCAGACCGAAGCGGCUGAAGAAAUAGUGGCAGAAGAAACUGUGGUCGAGGAGACAGGGGUACCCGUGGGUGCCAAUCCAGUCCAGGUGGAAAUGGGCGAGUUUGAGGACGGUGCUGAGGAGACUGUCGAGGAGGUAGUGGCUGACAACCCCUGCCAGAAUCACCACUGCAAACACGGCAAGGUGUGUGAGCUGGAUGAGAGCAACACCCCCAUGUGUGUGUGCCAGGACCCCACCAGCUGCCCUGCUCCCAUUGGCGAGUUUGAGAAGGUGUGCAGCAAUGACAACAAGACCUUCGACUCCUCCUGCCACUUCUUCGCCACCAAGUGCACCCUGGAGGGCACCAAGAAGGGUCACAAGCUCCACCUGGACUACAUCGGGCCAUGCAAAUUCAUCCCCCCUUGCCUGGAUUCCGAACUGACCGAGUUCCCUCUGCGCAUGCGUGACUGGCUCAAAAACGUCCUGGUCACUUUGUACGAGAGAGAUGAGGGCAACAACCUCCUCACUGAGAAGCAGAAGCUGCGGGUGAAGAAGAUCCAUGAGAAUGAGAAGCGUCUGGAGGCCGGAGAUCACCCUGUGGAGCUGCUGGCCAGAGACUUCGAGAAGAAUUACAACAUGUACAUCUUCCCUGUCCAUUGGCAGUUUGGCCAGCUGGACCAGCACCCCAGUGAUGGGUACCUGUCCCACACUGAGCUGGCCCCACUGCGGGCUCCCCUCAUCCCCAUGGAACACUGCACCACACGCUUCUUUGAGACCUGUGACUUGGACAGUGACAAGUACAUUGCCCUGGACGAGUGGGCCGGCUGCUUCGGCAUCAAGGAGCAGGACAUCAACAAGGACCUGGUGAUCUAAGUUCACACCUCCUUCUGCAGUCCUGGAUUCCCUCUCCCUCUGAUGUCCCCCCCUUCCAUUCCCCCACUUU